UAAAAUCCUGUCCAACAAAGUUAUUCUAGGAUACUAGGCUGUGAUUUCCAGUUUAUGGAGUAAACAAUGUAUUAGGGGAAGUGGGCAGAGGAGGCUUGGUGCAAAAUAGAGAAGGAAGAGAGAUAGUUAGGCAGGAUAGAGAGCAGGAAGAGGUCAGAAGAAGUGAAAAGAGCAAGGACCGGGGGUGAAUGGGGAACUGAGGAGAUGACCUCCUCCUUUUGUAGGGAUCGAGAGUGAAUAGAGUCUGGCCACCUUGCCUCCUCUCUCCCCACCUAGAAGCCUGGGUGGAGAGACCCAAAUCCCCGGGGCUAAGCCAGCCUCGGGGUGGAGCUGGGGUAACUCCUCCCCUGUCCAGGAAGUGAGGAGGAAAGCGGUUGUGUACGUGAGAAGAGAGUCAGGAACCGGUGGUCUGGAAAGGUCCAAUUGAACCAGCGACUCUUCCCCCUCUCCUUCCAGGGCGGGAGCAUCGGGUUCACGAACUGUAGGGUUCCCAGAUCGCUGGGAAGAUCUAGGCAUUCCAGGAGCCCACAGCCAAGACGGAGUUGGCUUCGCAGCCAUGCUCCCCUCGGGGGCCAGCCCUGGAACCCCGGACCGUUUCACGGUGUUGGCUGAUGCGGAGGACGUGGUGCUUAAACAGCGGCCCCAAGUGGAACGCAUCUUCCAAGUGCAACUGAGUGUCCUUGAGAAGACCUGCCCGGGGAGCCCCCACAUCUGGCUGCAGCUGGAGGGACCCCCAGAGAAUGUGGGCAGAGCCAAGGAGUACCUGAAAGGCCUUUGCAACCCAGAGGUAUGGGAGGAAGUCAGCUACCCUGCCGCCCUGCACUGUGUCUUCUUUGGAGCUGGGGGUCUCUUCCUGGACUGCCUGUGCUGGGGUACUUCAGCCCACAUAGUGCCCCAAGCCCCAGGCUCUUUGUUACUGGGGGGCCUGACUGAAGCCUUUGUCAUGGCCCAGAGCAGGAUGGAAGACCUUUUAGGGCAACUUAGGCAAAGUGGUCUCUGGCUGCAGUCCAGUAGUGCCAGGGAACAGGUGAUUCAGGACUUCAAGGCCCUGGUUGGGAGCUCUGGAGAUGAACACUCCAGGGCUCUGCUGAAUCUGCCUGUUUCCAUUCAGAAGUGGCUGCUGAACUUGGCAGGAGAGGCUGGUAGGAGGCAAGGGCUGCCAGAACCUCCCCUGGGGCAAGAGGGGAGCCCUGUUGGCUUUGGGAGUGAAGAUCUUGGUGGCUGGAGGGACCCUGUCAGAAAGACUCAGAGUGAGGGCAAGGACGUUGGGGAGGGUGACACUGUCUCACUGGGCACCAGAUCUGUGGACCAGGAAGGGAUUAGGAGAGGGGCUACUUCUAGGGAAAGGUGCCUGCCUUCAGAUCCUGGCCUGGACUGGGGAGGACAGGGCUUCAUGGGAGAGGUGGAUUCCAGAAGGAAUGGAGAAUUGCUCAGGGAAAAAGACUGGCAUACACCGAAGCCCUCUGGGCAGAGAAACUUGGAGAGACCAGGGAGUCCCAGGGAUGGAUUACCUAGGUCAAGGAACUGGCAGAGGGAAGAGAUCCUUAAGGAGAGAAAUUGUCCCUCUAAGGAGAGGAACUGGGGGAAGGAUGGGUACCCUGGGGAGAGAGAUUGGAGUAGGCAGUGCCAGACCAUGGGGAGAGACUGGGAUAGAGAGGGGCCCUUUGGGCAGAGGGAUUGUGGAAAAGGGGGACAUAGUAGGGAGCUGGACCAGGACAGAGUAUGGCAUCUGGAAGAAAAGGGCUUGAAAAGAGAGGCGCUGCCUAGUGAAGUGUCACAAAACCCACAUGCUGUCAAGGCCGACUUCCUCCUGCGGGCCAUCCAAGAUUCGGCUGAUUCCUAUGGCCAUUCUCCUCAGGCAGUGGGGGGUGACCAACAGUGGAGGGCCCCAGUAACACCCUUCCUUCAGCUCAACAAUGGAGAAGCCUCCCCACCAUCGGGGCCCAACCUUCUACCUGCCCCACAACCCACAUGGCUUGUGUCUCCAGAGUCUGGGGAUGGGCAGCCAGUGGGGUUCCAGGGGGGGCAGGGGCCUCCAAAGGGCGGCACCACUGGUGGCAGCUGUAAGGUGACCAAAACCCAGCGCUUCUUAGAGUCCUUGAAGACCCCAUUUUCCUUGAACCUCAAUAACGUGCCUGGUGCAACAGGUCUUCGACACGUUAUCAUCGAUGGCAGCAAUAUAGCCAUGAUCCAUGGCCUCCAGCAUUUCUUCUCCUGCCGCGGCAUCGCCUUGGCUGUGCAGUAUUUCUGGGAUCGGGGGCACCGGGAGGUCACUGUCUUUGUGCCUCAGUGGCGCCUUAGGAAGGAUUCCAAGGUGAAAGAACGUCAUUUCCUGACUAAACUACAGUCCCUCAGCCUGCUCUCUGUCACCCCCUCUCGAGUUGUGGAUGGGAAGAGGAUUACCUCCUAUGAUGACAGGUUCAUGGUGAAGCUGGCAGAAGAAACCGAUGGCAUCAUUGUUACCAAUGACCAGUUCCGAGACUUGUCAGAUGAGUCUGUGAAAUGGGCAGAAAUCAUCAGAUUGCGUCUGCUGCCUUUCACUUUUGUGGGGAACAUCUUCAUGGUCCCAGAUGACCCAUUGGGGCGUGAGGGCCCCACCCUGGAUGAGUUCCUCAAGAAACCAAAUGGGUUGCAGACUUCAAGAGGUCGCUCAUCUAGUCGCCGAGGGCCUCCUCAUACCCGACCCUACCGACCCAGCUCCAGGGCCCGGUCUCAGGUUAGAUCUGGAGCCCAUCCUCGAAUGCCACCUCGACCACGAUCUCAGCCUCGAUCCCACACCAUGGGUCUAACAGAAUUUGAAAUUCAGCCAAAGCAGCAGGAACAAAAGGAGGAUGAUGAGGGAGGACAUGGUUUACGAAGGGUGAAAGAGACUGAGCAGCUCAGGCACAAGCUGCUGGAGGUGUUUUGGGGACAGGACCAUAAGGUGGACUUCAUUCUACAACGGAAUCCUUCUAAUAGGGACCUCAACCAGCUCUCAGAGGCCCUGCUCAGUCUGAAUUUCUAAAUCCUUUGGUGAAUGAGGGUUGCUGGUAAGGUGGAUCUUGGAAAUCUGGACUGUUGGGUCCUACUUCUGGCUUAAGAGUGAUGUAUGGGGAACCAUGGGCAAAAUGGAGGGGCAGGAAUCAGGGAUCUCUUUUCCCCUUGGCAGGCCUGACUGGCUCCAGCUGAAUAGGAUGCCAAUACCUCCCCCUCCAUGUCUAACUAGGUUCCUAGGAACACUGGAGGACUACUAGAUUCUACCAAACCCUGGAAGUCUUUAAGUGUUUUAUGAGGUGGAUUAUACAUGGACACAGCAGGAAGUUAGUGAAAAUUGUAUUGGUCUAGGAAUUGAGAAAUUUGAAGCCUGGGUCUAGUACUUUUUGCAAUGGGGUACUGGAAGACCUUUAGGCCAAGCCUCAACUUUAAAUUUUUCCAUCAAUAAGAUGGAAAUUUCUCCUGUUGAGGAGAAAGGGCUUUGAGUCCUACCAUUUCCAAAUAUUAUCAUCCAGUUCAUAUGGUUCCUUCAUUUUAAAUACUUUUUUUUUUGCUAUCCAAAUGGGUCCCAAUCUUAGAUUGACUUCUUAGUGUUAGGAGUCCCGGGUUAUUUUCUCUUUUAGACAAUCCCUAUUUCAAAUGAUCCUAUUGUUGCAUUUGGGCAUAUGUGUGAUAAUUCAGUUUAUCAAUAUUUUCAGGGUUCAUUUAAAAAGGCAGCUUCUAUGUAGGAUAUGUUUGCUUAUUGAUCAUUAACUACAACUUGACUGUGUGGCUGUGGUUAAACUUGCAGAAGUCUUAGGGAGCCACAAUCAGUUGAAUGAAAAUAAAAACAUCUCUGAAAUGA